AUGUCAGUCAUAUUGGAGAAAGAAACCAAGAAGAAACAAGCUUUCAAGAAAUUAGCUGUGAUAUCUUGUACUUUUCGUGCUGUAACUGAAAGAACUCUGUGGAAGUGGUUUGCUAGGUUUAAAGCUGAUGAUUUCAACCUUAAAGAUAAAAAACGCCCGGUAGGCCCUCCACCACAGAUGAAGGUUCCCCACGAUUUAACGGAGAAAAAUCUGAUGGAUCGCAUUUCCAUUUGCGACUCGCUCUAUAAACGCAACGAGGGGACACCAUUUUUGAAGCAAAUAGUGACGGGGGAUGAAAAAUGGAUCAUUUAUAAUAAUGUUGACCGAAAAAGAUCUUGGGGAAAGCGGAAUGAACCACUUUUAGCUACCCCAAAAGCUGGUCUUCAUCCAAAGAAGGUCAUGCUCUGUGUCUGGUGGGAUUGGAAAGGGAUCCUGUAUUAUAAGCUUUUACCAAACAACGAGAUAAAUUCAGAGAAGUAUUGUUCUCAAUUAGACGAAUUAAAGACAGCAAUUGAACAAAAACGUCCAGAAAUAGCGAAUCGGAAGGGCGUCGUGUUUCAUCAGGACAAUGCACGGCCUCAUGUGUCUUUGAUAACUCGACAAAAGUUGUUGGAGCUCGGUUGGAAUAGUCUGGCAACAUUAUUUGACGGCAGACUGAUGCCAGAAACAAAGCAGAUCCUGACGUACACAGUCUAG